AUGGCGACUCAGAGUGGUCUAACCCGCCGUCGGGGGGCAGGGAGGAGUACGGGCGACGCCAGUGAUGGCAGUCGAGUGACAUCUCCAUCUCCCCACAAUGGAUCCGAUAACCGCGUACCUGAGACGUCGUUCAUCGGAGGAGAAAACGGGCACAAGAUUGCCUUUGAUCCGCGAGAUAUCAGCGAGAGCGCUGACAAGGUCAAGCAGCCAAAGUUGACGUUAAUGGAAGAGGUGCUAUUGCUAGGGAUAAAAGAUAAGCAGGGCUACUACUCCUUUUGGAACGAGAACAUUUCGUACGCCUUACGGGGAUGUAUUGUGAUCGAGCUGGCUUUCCGUGGCCGGAUCAGCAUGCAAAAGGAUUCUUCACGACGCCGCUUCCCGCUUGCUGAUCGGGUCAUUGAGGUUAUUGACGACACAUUGACUGGAGAAGUCUUGCUGGACGAGGCAUUGAAAAUGAUGAAAUCAAGCGAGAAGAUGAGUGUUAGCUCGUGGAUUGAUCUUAUGAGUGGCGAAACCUGGAAUUUAAUGAAAAUCGGCUAUCAGCUUAAACAAGUACGAGAAAGGCUUGCAAAGGGCCUUGUCGAUAAAGGUGUCCUUCGCACUGAGAAACGAAACUUCCUGCUCUUCGAUAUGGCCACCCACCCUGUCGCCGACAGCGCUGCGAAGGACGAUCUAAACAAGAGAGUUCGAAAUAUCUGUAGCAGCCGCACUGUCAUCUUACCUCCAACUCAAUUCCUUCCCAACGAUGUUGAAUUCAGAUAUUUGAGGACUAUAGCCAUGGUCUGCGCAGCUUAUGCCGCUAAUGUUCUUGAAAAUUGCCUCGUUACGAUGAACCAUGAUGCACGAGAAAGAGCAUUUGCUCAGGUGGAUGAAUUACUUGCUGACUAUUCGCAAUGGCCGUUUUCAUUAAGGACAGGUGGUACACAAGGAAUAGGGGCGAAUUUGGCUCAGGCAGUCAGAGAAGAGCUUGACAAAGCCAAAGAUAGGGAGCUUCAAUUAGAGGUUGUGGCAGCAUGCCUAAAUGUGUUUACUCGUCUUGAUUCCCUGCUCUGAGCGUGAAACUUUUAUUCUAGAUUUAUGUGCCUGAUACCUUUUUUGCCUUACCAGCACCUCGUACUUGUGUCUUGUAUCUAUCUCUAGGCCCAUCUUUCUGUCCGUGGCCUACACUUACGACCCGCCCGCCAAACCACCUACCAUUCCGCAUCAGAAACCAGAGAUGAGACGGGUCGUCUGGUCCCGAAUGCCGCUCUCAUCCUAUAGCAGCCCUCUAUCUAAUUGUUCAUCCGUCUAAUGGGCCACAGUUAAAGCGAUCCCUCUGAGAAAUCAUGGGAAAUAUGACACAAAGCUGAUUAUCUGGGCCUUUGUCUUGUCUAUCCUGUUUCUAUACUGGAGACUGCUCCUGAGACCGCAUAUGCCCUUCCCGUUUUUUUUUUUUCUUUCUUUCUUUCUUUUUUUUUUUCUCCUCUGCUUCUUCUAUAUAAGUUCUCGCUCUUCUUUUCUCUCUAAUCCUUGUUCGAUUAUUAGGGUAAUUUUAAAUUGCACUUUUGAAUUUCCUUUUGCCAUUAUUCGUUCAUCUAUAUUUUGUUUGAUAUGCUCUGAAUUUGGCGGAUUAUUUCCCGGCAUACCUUUCCGGAUCCAAGAAAAUGGAAGACUCACUAUGGAUAGAGCGUGACAUUAAUGAACCUUUGCCAUUAUC